AUGCUUCGUCUCGUCGCCAUCGCCGUCGGCACCAUGGCCACCACCGCCCUCGCUUCUGAUUUCGUCAACAUGACUUGGGGUCCAGUCACCGUCGGACAAGUCGUUCCAAUCCACUUCACCGUGGGAGAUGGUUCACCAGUCUCCCUGUUCUUCGGCAAUCUUAGCUGGAACGAUCCUAUAGCUACCAAUAUCCCAGCUUCGUCUGCUGAGUACAACUGGACCGUGACCGUCCCUGAUGGCUUCGUCCCCGGCGACUAUGGCCUUGGCAUCGUUCAAGAUGGCUCAUCCAACUUCUCACCUCUCUUCGCCAUCAAUGCCGCCGGGGUCGGAUCUGGUUCAGGCAGUAGCACCUCGAGCACCAGCGACCCAACAACCAUUGCGCCGCCAGUGACAACGACGACACCAUUCACAACAUACACACCAACUGCCAACGCAACGUUGAUCUCUGCUGGUGCAGAACCCACUGUCACUGUCACAUACUGGGAUCCACACUGCGGAUGCCAUCAGACAUCGGUGAUGCCUGCACCCACUGCAGCUGCCACAGGAGGCACAUCAGGCACAACCUACACAUGGUAUGAUGACAACUGCGGCUGCACCAAGACAGCCAUUGCUCCGGUUGCAACGAACCCUGCCUCAAACUAUACUGCCUCCAUGGUCACAAAUGCAGGCACCAACGUGCCCCCGCCACCACCGAGUACGGCUGCGCCGGCCCCAACUGCUGGUACGACUCGAUACAGUGGUGAUGCCAGUCGCUUGGUGAGCUCGGGCUUUGGUAUUGCGGCUUUGAUUGCCGCGGUUCUGGCAUAG